UUUAUUUCUAGCCUACUUAGGCACUUCUUCAGUGAGAUAUCUGCGCUUUAGGCUUGACUGUCAGCAAUGAGAGCACGGAGCUUAAACUUUCAGGCAAUGUUUUCUUUGGUGGUACUGUGGCAGACAAGAUCAAGAGCAGAAUCCAAUUCCACAGAUGUCUUCAAGAAUAACAUCAAAACCUUCACCAAAAUAUUAGACAGCCUUCUGGAUGGCUAUGACAAUAGGCUGAGACCUGGACUUGGGGAUCGGGUGACAGAGGUCAAGACUGAUAUUUAUGUCACCAGUUUUGGUCCUGUAUCAGACACAGAUAUGGAGUACACUGUAGAUGUAUUUUUCCGCCAGAGUUGGAAGGAUGAGCGAUUGAAGUUCCAUGGGCCAAUGAAUAUCCUGCGACUAAAUAAUCUAAUGGCGAGUAAAAUCUGGACUCCAGACACUUUCUUUCAUAACGGGAAGAAGUCCGUAGCUCACAACAUGACCAUGCCCAACAAACUUCUCAGAAUUAUGGACAAUGGAACUUUACUGUACACCAUGAGGUUAACAGUCCAGGCGGAAUGCCCCAUGCACCUUGAAGAUUUCCCAAUGGACUCCCACUCCUGUCCACUGAAGUUUGGCAGCUAUGCCUACACCAUGACAGAAGUUACUUACAUUUGGACUAGGAAUGCAUCUGCGUCUGUGGUGGUAGCCCCGGAUGGCUCCCGGCUGAACCAGUAUGACUUGCUGGGUCAAACAGUGGAAAAUAACACAAUCAAAUCUAGCACUGGCGAGUACACAGUCAUGAUGGCCCAUUUCCACCUGAAGAGAAAGAUUGGUUACUUUGUUAUCCAGACCUAUCUUCCCUGCAUCAUGACUGUCAUCCUCUCCCAGGUCUCCUUCUGGCUGAACCGUGAAUCUGUGCCAGCCAGGACUGUCUUUGGUGUUACAACAGUACUCACUAUGACAACCCUCAGUAUUAGUGCCCGUAAUUCCUUGCCUAAAGUUGCCUACGCUACUGCCAUGGAUUGGUUCAUUGCAGUGUGUUAUGCCUUCGUUUUCUCUGCACUCAUCGAGUUUGCUACAGUCAACUACUUCACCAAAAGAGGCUGGGCCUGGGAUGGCAAAAGUGUGGUCAAUGACAAGAAAAAAGAGCCAUCUGUCACAAAGAAGAACAAUGCAUUUGCAGUUGCUGUGGCAAACUAUGGUCCAAAUGUCACCAAGGACACAGGGCUGUCCACUAUAGCCAAAAGUGCUGCCACCGACAAGUCCAAACCAGAGCCCAAACCAGAGCAGAACAAGAAAACCUUCAACAGUGUGAGCAAAAUUGACCGCAUGUCCCGGAUCAUGUUUCCUGUGCUCUUUAGCAGUUUCAACUUGGUCUACUGGGCCACAUACCUCAACAGAGAACUGGUUAUACAAAACAUCCCGUCAAAUUAA